CUGACCACCCGUCUGGCGGCGUAGCGAUUUGUGCUUCCACUUUACCUCAAAGGUAGGCUGCUUAUCAUAUGUCUACGGGGUUACGUCCACGCGUCCCGUUUUCAUAGAGACGUUCAUGCUGCGCCGGUCAUGUGCCGCUGGUUACGCCCACCCCACCGUGCUUUUCCGCCCGGCGCCUCGCUCGUGCGUGAGCCUGCAACGGUGGCCAUGGAAAGGAACUCGUCGUCGUGGGAAAGUGCUGGUGCGAAAUCGCUUGGCUAUUUAGGGAACGCAACGGCCAGCGGUGAAAGAACGGAACUGCACCUUCCCUUGCCAGAGAUUAGCAUACAAUGCACGGUCUACGAUCAAUGUCUGGGGCUUGUUGUUGCCGUAGCAGCCGGCGCUAUACUUUGGAAAAUCAUGAUGUCCAAGAGUAGCCUCACAAGAAAGCCACAUAAACCAAAAUCACGGAGGCUGCUGUCUGGGACUCUUCCGCCAGUUUUUCCAAAUGGUUGGAUUCCAGUGCUUGAGUCGACGGAACUUGUUGUAGGAAAAAUCAAAUCAGUCAGCGCCUUAGGUCAGGAAUUCGUCGCAGUCCGAUGUGAGGACGGAACGGCACGAGUAUUCGAUGCAUACUGCCCACAUUUGGGCGCCCACCUGGGAAUGAUGGGCCGUGUGGCGGGAGACAUCAUCGAGUGUCCUUUCCACGGAUGGAAGUUUGAUUGUAAAAACGGGUCUUGCACCCACGUGCCGUACUCCGUCAAAGCCCCUUCUUUCGCCAAGGUGAAGGUAUGGACGUCUAAGGAACUCCUCGGCCUGGUGUUCGUAUGGUACCACGCAGACGGCAACGCACCCUCAUGGAACGUACCAGAGGAUAUAUUGAGCCGCACUCUGGAGUCGAAGUCUACGGGUCGAUUCGAGCACUCGGUGCACUGCCACAUCCAGGACAUAGCUGAGAAUGGCGCCGAUUCGGGUCACUUCAACAAGAUCCACAAGGCGAGCAGCUUGGUCAACGGCACCGAUUUCGAGAAGAACAUGGGCGAGUCGUGGAAGGGCCGCCUUUUCCAGCACCAAUGGGUGGCUACAUGGAGCCCAAACAAGCACGAGGCUACGGUGGUCAUUGAGGCCUUCAUAUCUAUACUCGGCUGGAAGCCCGACUAUCUGCGUCAUCAUGUCGAGGCUCGCCAGAUAGGACCUGCGCUCGUCGCUAUAUCUGUCUGGGGCCCUACAGGACACUACGUGGCCGUCCAAUCACUGAGGCCAGAAGGCCCCUUCGACAUCAAAGUGGUACACAGGCUGUAUUUCGAGCCAGGAGUGAGUUGGCUGCUGCGGAAGUUCUACACCAUGACGCUGCGAAACAUGGUGGACCGAGACGCGGCAGUGUGGAACCACAAGUUGUACCUAAACAGGCCAACGCUUGUCAAGGAAGACCAGUCGAUUGCCGCCUUCCGCAAAUGGUACUCACAGUUCUACAGCAGCAGCAGUCCUACGUGGCAGGAGAUACGCGAGCACACCUUGGAUUGGUGACCGCGGACAUCCCACUGUGUCACAUGAACUAUGGACAGCGGGCCUGAACUUAAUUGCGUGGUAUACGUGAACUUAUUUUCAAGCGUAGCUUCGCGGCCCGCAUCCCAAAUCGGGUAUCCGUGCAUCUUCCGGCGCUACCACUAUGCGGUGGGAGACGACUGAAAAAAGAACGGACAAAGACCCAAUCGGGUUUCUGCACUCAAGGCAUUCGCUGCUUAGAAUCAUGAGGACUCGUGAAUUGUGCCACCGACAUUGAAAGUUUGUAGCGCGUUGCAUCUUUCUAUCACCUUUUGUUACCUUUAUCCCUUUCCCCAACACAGAGUAGCCAGCCUGUGCUUGCACUGACAAACUUCCAUGUUCUCCCCUCUCAUUUUUCCCCUUAGGAAUUGUCAGUUAGCUUUUUCCAAUGAACCCGGCAUAGCGACUGCUAUUUGUCGGCACAUUUACAAGGUGUACGUCCCACGUAACUCGAGCCAACAUUUUAAAAAUGAAGAGCGCGUCGGAAGCGAACUGAACCGGACGCAUACUAUUCGCAAUAGCCUAUAGUAGCUCAAGCAACUUUUUGUUUUCCCCAUUACUAGCUAAUUAAUAAAGUUUAUUUACCCAACUUAUUAUUAUUGGCUGAGGAUACCAAGUAUAAUACGCUGAUUUGUAGAGCACCUUCAGAAACCACCGAUCGAGUUGUUCCCUUUACGAUAUGUCUCGCGUAGUCCUUUUUUCCGGGUUUCUAAGGAAGCCCGCGAAAUACUAAAAACAAAAAAAAAAAAAGCCACGUGACGGAGCGCUUGCGCAGUGGUAUCGUGCUGCUCUCAAGCGUGCGUUCGGUGAACAUGGUGGGCUGCAUCGUGACUGGCUACGGGGAAGCGGCAGGGCGUUCUUUAUCUCCUCGGCAGCGCUCGACCAGCAGCAUGCAUUUGCGCCGUCAUCAGACGGGAGCCGCCGGCCCAGCUUCCUACAACCACCAUAACGCCCUGCCGCUUAACUGUCGCCAGCCACGACGCAGCCGACCAUGUUCACCGAACGCACGCUUGAGAGCAGCACGAUACCACUGCGCAAGCGCACCGCCACGUGACUUUUUAAAAAUAUAUUUCGCGGGCUUCUUUUGCCACCCGGGAGAAAGGACUACGUGAGACGUAUCGUACAGGAAACAACUCCGUCGGUGGUUUCUGAAGGUGGACUACAAAUCUGCGCAUCAUACUUGGGAUACUCAGCCAAUAAUUAAAAUGUGGGGUAAUUUAACCUAAAUAAUGAGUGAGUUAUGCGGAAAACAGCAAAAUUGCCUGCGUUACUAUAGGCUAGUGCAAACAGUAUGUGUUCGGUUCAAUUCGCUUUCGACGCGCUUUUCAUGUUUAAAUACUUGGCUCGAGUUACGUGGAACGUACACCUUGUAUACCGUUUGCAACCGCUUAUUGUAACCAUUGAGCGCACAGGAGCAGGCGUGCGCAUUGCUGUUUGCGUUGGAGGUGGAUAAGCAGCAGGGACUGCACUCAGCUUAACCGAGCAGCGUAGCACAUCACGCUCGCAAAGGAGUAUGCUCUGUGCGCAUGCGCCUUCCGUUGCUACUUACGUGGAUUGACCAUCGCUUUGGUCUGCGCUGCCAUGACAUGACGUGACUUAUAUACAGCCCGUUGGAUAGCUGUAAGUCACGUCUUCCAGUUCGCUCUUGUUUCCAGAAGACAGAUCCAGCUCCGUGGAACCGUUGUAAUCAGUAUAUCUGCCUAAGUCAUCCAUAUGCGCGCUCAUAUUUUCUACCAGUAGCACCUGGCACAAUUUCUUGAAUUCAUUAAUAUCGCUUUUAAUCACAUUAAUCAGUUGUCUUCAUCUCUGCUAUCACUACCUGUCUAUAGGUAAGCAACUCCACGCCACGUCUUUUUGCCUUCCCAUGCACCGCUAUUCCAUAAAUGUUCCUUACAUGUCUGUCUUAACCUUUACCACUUCCUGCCUCACCUAACUAUCAUGCCUGCGCCUUUCCUUGACCCAGUCAUUCUGUUGCACCCAUCCCAUAUAAAAUUAUCUCUAACAGGCAGCUGCGUCCCUGCCGCUUCAUAAUCAUCAUCAUCACACUCUGUUGAACACUCUGCCCCUAAUAAUAAUAAUAAAUGAUCCUAAAUGAAAUACCCAUUUCCAUGUAUUUAUUGUGUUUCUGCGUCAAAAAUAAAAAAAAGUGGGCUUGGGCC